GCGCGGCUGGCAGCGCUGCUGGCGCUGCUGGCGCUCGGGGCCGGGGGCCCCGCGGCGGCCGCGGAGCGCGGGGACACGUUCUCGGCGCUCACCAGCGUGGCGCGCGCCCUGGCGCCCGAGCGCCGGCUGCUGGCGACCCUGAGGCGCUACCUGCGCGGCGAGGAGGCGCGGCUGCGCGACCUGACCAGAUUCUAUGACAAGGUUCUUUCUUUGCACGAGGACUUGAAAAUCCCUAUAGUGAACCCUCUACUUGCCUUCACACUCAUCAAGCGUCUGCAGUCUGACUGGAGGAAUGUGGUGCAUAGUCUGGAGGCCACUGAGAACAUCCGAGCUCUGAAGGAUGGUUAUGAGAAGGUAGAGCAAGACCUUCCUGUCUUCGAGGACCUCGAGGGAGCAGCAAGGGCCCUGAUGCGGCUGCAGGAUGUAUACAUGCUCAACGUGAAGGGCCUGGCCCAAGGCGUCUUCCGGAGGGUCACGGGCUCCUCCACCACCGACCUCUACAGCCCCAGGCAGCUCUUCUCCCUCACGGCGGAUGACUGCUUCCAAGUCGGCAAGGUAGCCUAUGACAUGGGGGAUUACUACCAUGCCAUUCCGUGGCUGGAGGAAGCUGUCAGUCUCUUCCGAAGAUCUUACGGAGAGUGGAAGACGGAGGAUGAGGCCAGUCUGGAAGACGCCCUGGAUUAUUUGGCCUUCGCCUGUUUCCAGGCAGGAAAUGUCUCAUGUGCCCUGAACCUUUCCCGAGAGUUCCUUCUCUACAGCCCAGACAAUAAGAGGAUGGCCAGGAAUGUGUUGAAAUAUGAAAGGCUCUUGGCAGAGAAUGCUCACCAGGAAGUGGCUGAGACUGUCAUUCAGAGGCCCAACGUACCCCACCUGCAGACCAGGGACACCUACGAGGGCCUGUGCCAGACCCUGGGCUCCCAGCCCACACACUACCAAGUCCCCAGCCUCUACUGCUCUUACGAGACCAAUUCCAGCCCCUACCUGCUGCUCCAGCCUGCCCGCAAGGAGGUCAUCCACCUUCGACCCUUUGUAGCUCUUUACCAUGACUUUGUCAGUGACGCUGAAGCUCGGAAAAUCCGAGAGCUUGCAGAGCCGUGGCUCCAGAGAUCAGUGGUGGCUUCGGGGGAAAAGCAGUUACAAGUGGAGUACCGCAUCAGCAAAAGUGCCUGGCUGAAGGACACUGUUGACCCCAUGCUGGUAACCCUGAACCACCGCAUUGCUGCUCUCACAGGCCUUGACAUCCAGCCUCCCUACGCAGAAUAUCUCCAGGUGGUGAACUAUGGAAUCGGAGGGCACUAUGAGCCUCACUUUGACCAUGCGACGUCGCCCAGCAGCCCCCUGUACACGAUGAAGUCCGGGAACCGAGUUGCAACAUUGAUGAUCUAUCUGAGCUCAGUAGAGGCUGGAGGAGCCACGGCCUUCAUCUAUGGCAACUUCAGCGUGCCUGUGGUUAAGACGGUGGCAUGGCAGUCUUCCUUGUCACUGCGGGUUCCUCAGAGAAUGCAGCGCUGUUUUGGUGGAACCUGCACAGGAGUGGAGAGGGAGACAGCGACACACUUCACGCUGGCUGUCCUGUCCUGGUGGGAGAUAAGUGGGUGGCCAACAAGUGGAUACAUGAGUAUGGACAGGAAUUCCGAAGACCCUGCAGCACCAACCCUGAGGAAUGAAGCGCUGGCAGAUGGCAGCUUGUCAGAGAAGCCAGAGCCAUGGGUAGAGGGGAGCACAGCCUCCUGAAGGAAGGCUACUGCCUUUUAAGUGGGAGUUGAGGAAAGGUCUUUCCCAGGAAACCCCUCAGAAUUUGCAUUUGUUUCUACUCCAGCUGUGAGACUGGGAGCAGAAUGGAUAAUACAAAAGAGGCCUAACAGGUUUCAGACAUUGGUGAGGAUAAAAUGGAUGAGCUCAGUAUAGAACACUUGUUUAGCAUGUGUAAAUGCCUGGGUUCUGUUCACUAGCACUGAACACACACACAUAUAUAAACACAUACAGCCGUGCAUACACACACAUACAAAAUACCUACAUGUAUUAUAUAUACAUGUAUUAUAUACUUACAUACAUAACACAUAUGCACACACGAGUAUACACAUACAUACAAGCACACACAUGCACUCAUACAUACACAUACUCCACCACCACCACACACACAAAUUUGCAAACAGCGCAUCAGCUGACGCCUGCUGCUGCUCCAGCAGAAGAGCCUGACUCACAGGGCUCCGUCCCAUCACCAGUGGGUAGAUCAUGUGAUGACUUUUUCUUAAAGUGGAAAACAAUUGUGUUUUUUUUAAAUGAUGGUUUUUAUUGCCAUUAAAAUGUUUUUAAAUCUCCUCA